CGCAUAAAAGGACCUGCUCGCACCCUGCCCAAAUAUUAGCUCUUACGAGCAGUACCGGCACAGCACCCUCCCCAGAGACACACGCGCAUAGAGGACAGCUCCACACACAGUCAAGAGAGGACCUACAGAGAACCACCAGAGACCCGCCAGAGGAACAUCACAGAACCGCCAGAGAACCCACCAGAAGAACAUCACAAAACCACCAGAGACCUGCCAGAGGAACAUCACAGAACCGCCAGAGAACCCGUCAGAGAACCCGCCAGAGGAACAUGGUAUCAGCAGGACUCCAGAUUGGGGGCACAGCCCUGGGCAUCCUGGGAUGGAUCGGGGUGAUCGUGGUGUGCGCGCUGCCCAUGUGGCGCGUGACGGCGUUCAUCGGCGCCAACAUUGUCACGUCACAGACGAGCUGGGAGGGCAUCUGGAUGAACUGCGUGGUGCAGAGCACGGGCCAGAUGCAGUGCAAGGUCUACGACUCCAUGCUGGCGCUCAGCUCCGACCUGCAGGCCGCACGCGCCCUCACCAUCAUCUCCGUCCUGGUGGGCGUCGUGGGCAUCCUGCUGGCCGUGGCCGGGGGCAAGUGCACCAACUGCGUGGAGGACGAGAGCGCCAAGUCGAAGGUCGGGGUGGCGUCGGGCGUGGUCUUCAUCAUCGCUGGCGUCCUCUGCCUCAUCCCCGUCUGCUGGACGGCCAACACCGUCAUCCAGGAGUUCUACAACCCCUUGGUGGUGAGCGCGCAGAAGCGGGAGCUGGGUGCCGCCCUCUACAUCGGGUGGGGCGCCUCCGCGCUGCUCCUCAUCGGGGGAGGCCUGCUCUGCGCCAACUGCCCCAAGGAGGAUACCUACGCCGCCAAGUACUCGGCCGCUCGCUCCGCCGGCUCCAAGGACUACGUCUGAGAGAGAAGAGGAGAGCAGAGCAGAGGAGAGAAGAGGAGAAGAGAGAGGACAGGAGAGAGGAGAAGAGAAGAGAAGAGAGAGGAGGAAUAAAAGCUUAAAGAAAAAGACUGGCCUUUGUAAAAAAAAAAAUGUUUUGCCACAUUUCAUUUGUUCUGGAGCUUUAAAAAGCAGGUGAAUGCCAU